AUGGACUGUAUAAAAAAGCAAUUCGAGACCCUGGGUAUCAACCACCAAAGCGACACAAUCGCAGAGGCCGGGGCCACGCCCCCACAUCACCCAGCCCACAAGCAUGAGCGUGACGGCCGUCACCAAAACCACUUACUCAACGGAAAUUCCGAGAGCAAAGACAAAUACACUCACCGCGGCCUUCAUAACGGCGAUCGUCAUCACCUCUUUCAACCUCACCGCAACCCACACCGCUACCGCCGUAGCCAAUUUUCAAUCGAUGCGGCAAUGGCCAACGAGGAAGAACUGUCACGGGCAUACCCUCACCCGCCCCAAAAUUACCAGCGCUAUAGCGGCAGCAAAGUCGACAGCGAGCAAUACUAUCACAACCCGUUUUACUACCGCAACCACCGCAACGGCACCAAUCGAUUCAAAAGCGGCGACAAUACUUCUCGCGGAUUCUCUUUCAAGAAUGCGGCGGUCGACGACCCCGACAUCCUCUACGAAGAAGUGGACGGGUCCAUCAACUCGGAAUCGGAUAUCCCUCAAUUCCAAAUCCCACAACCUCCCAUGGCUACCCGCAGAGACAACAAGGAGGAUCACCUUCCGUCACACCACCAGCCACUCUAUCAUCACCACUACGAACCUCCACGCGGCCGGGACAGGCGACCCCGCCCCAACACAAACACCACCAUCAGUCCCUGGCCAGACUACCCGCCGCCGCCACCGCCACUAGUACGGCAAACGCCCCUGGUGUACCCAGACAUGAGGCCAUCGCCAGACGGCACCCAAUCACCGUCGUCAACCAUCUCGAGCCCACGACGGCAGUUCGACCGACGACUCCAACCAAAGACGACUAAGCGCUUCUCCGCAGCAGCAGCAGCGCCAUCACCACCAACCGACGUCCCCCGCCCCAGAAAAGCAGCACCGCAUCACCCCGCCACCGGCGACGAAGCAGCACCACCCCCACCCGUACAAUCCCGACCGAAACAGAAAAACCCCCACCAACAGCACCGACAACGGCAACGUCUCUCACCGCCGCCUCCACUCUUCCCGCUCCCCGCGCCCACGACGACGGUAGGCGGCGGGUCCUCGUCCUCGUCGUCGGUCGUCGUGGUGGCGGGGCGCGGCAUGAAGAGGUCCGUCGUUGCCGGCACCGGGGCCGGGUCGAAAAGCGGCAGGGCGAUCAAGAGGGACUCCGCGCUCGCCCCCUCCUCUCCUCAUCCGCUUUACUUUGCUGGCUGCGACGACGAUGCGGUUCCGCCGCCUGAGGCGACGACGCCGACGAUUGCCGUUGACGGGACGGAGCUGUCGCUGCGGAGGGGUGGUGGUGUUGGUAGCCUGCUGGACGACGACGACGACGACGACGACGACGCCGGGGGAUUCGACGAGGGGGCUUAUGAGGAGUGUGGCUACGAGUACGUCGGGCCGGCGGACUAUGCUGGCGAAGCCGAGUCGAUGCCUGUGGAUGGCGGCUGCGUCGACGAUGACGACGACGGCCUGUGGAGCCCCGGCCGGGAGGUCAGCAGCAUUCGCACCUUUACCGUCGGCGAUGGCGGCGGCGGCGGCAGCAUCAGCGCGAGAGGGAAGGGGGAGGAUGGGUUCGUCGCGGACGAUGCGCGUGGGCGGGGGCGGGGGUUCUUCGACUACGCGGAAGCGAGGGCGAGGAGGAAGGGGGAGAGGGUGGCCGGGACGGGAGGCCAUCCAGUUACUGCUGGUGGUGGUGGGCAUGGCCGUCCUGGUAGGGGUGCUUCGCCCCGCGGACGGGCUGGGUUCGAAAUCAUCAGAGGUGGCGGGUGGGAGAUGGAGCAGGAGCCUGAGCCGGAGCCGGAGCUGUAUCUAUUCGACAUCGACGACGAAGAGACUGAUGGGCAUAUGCUGAGAGACUGGCCCCUGGGAGGCAGAGCUGGCCUCUCGCAAUACUUGAACGCGAGGAGCUUCUCGAGAGCCGGCAGACACGUUGGUGGUGGGCGCGGCGUUGAUAGUGAAGAUCAUCGCGCGAAAGACAAACGCAAGCAUCGCUACAAGAGGCAUAGCGACAGCAACCGUACUUCGACACCUUCAGCUCCUCCGAAAGGCCUGGGCCCGACCAGCACUGCGGGCCCGUUGAGCACGAUUCGUGCGCCACGAACGCCGUCAGAGGUCGCGGGAUGCGCGCUGGGAACGGCGGCCGUGGGCUUGUGUGCAACGAGUGUGAAGAAGGUCGUGUCACAGGCGAUAAGGUGGGAAGUAGAGAAGCAGGUGCAGGAGAGACUGCAGGAAGAGAAAAUGGAAAGGAGGAGACGAAGGGCGAGGAAGAGGGAGGAGAAAGAAAAGAAGUGGAGAGAGAGGGACCGGCUGGAGAGGGAAGCAAUCAUUGCGCGCAGGGAGAAUGGAAGGCCAGGGUUUGCAAGAAGGCUGAGUGACAAAGUUCCUCAACGGUUCAGGAGAGCCAUGAGUGGUCCUAGCGGUCUCGGUGGCCCUAGUCUCAGUGGUGCAAGUAAGAUGGUCCGGGAUGAUACCAUCGAGGAUGGGUAUUCGGGGGAUCAUGAUCUCGUUGACAAGGGUCUCGGUGUAAUGAACGACAGAGAACUCUAUACAAGGCCAAGGAGAGGAUGGAGGAGAGGCUGGAGUCGCAGUCGUACUCCCGAACCCAGGAGACCAUUGUCACAACGGCCUAAGUUACCGGAAGAACUGUGGAGGCGAGGCGGACAUAGAUGGGGGCCCCCUUCAUCCGCAGGGCUACACGAGAAAGGCAAAGACGCUCCUAGGGGGAACCGUCACUUACUGUCCGAUUUUGAUGCUUCGGAGGUUGCAGCAUAG